AUGGACAACUUUAACUUGAUUCAUUUAAGUGGUUUUCCACUUAUUGCCAUAAAUUCAGUGACCCCUCAUACGACGAUCAACAUCUUUUCGUGUUGGGAUAAUCAAGGUCACUCUCAUGUCGCAGGUUUACUGUACAUAGUUGACAUCCAAGUGGAUUUCACAGUUGAUUAUCAUUGCCAGAACACUUCUACAAAACGUACUGGACGUCUUUGUGUUAGCUCAGUUGCCAAAAAAAUGCCUAUCGAGUUCAGUGUUUUAGAACAUGCAGGAUAA